AACCCACCAGGAGCAACACUGAUCCCCCAGGGUGGCUGGGAGAUCUCCCCAGGCUUCCUGGGAGCACAAACUUCCCUUUCAAAGGUUUUGUGAACCUUAUGAAGCAGAGCCUGAGCUCUGGGAGCCACCUGCAGCACAGCAGAACUCCCCAGAGGAGGACUUGAUGCACAUUUAACUCCCUCUGCUUUAGUUACAUGAGCCAGUGAAAAUAUCAAAUAACUCUGCCAGCCUGGCUGCAGCAGACGGGGCCUGGGGCUGCUUAAUUUGGCACCAAGAUCCCCCAGGAGCUGAAGGAUUGGAAGGGUCGAGCGCUUUCCCCUCCUUCCUCCCAGCUGGCUGAAAGCACAUGACUCUUCCAUCUGCUAAACAAACUAAAGAAGCCAAAUACCUUCUGAUUUCUCCGUGGAAAAUUAACCCGAUUAUUGGAUAGAUGCUGCUGAAUUUAUGAGGGGCUUUUCCAUUCAGGUGUUCAGUGCAGUAAUCAGACUCGGUAAUUGUGGAGGGCUGAACGUGAGCAGCUCGCACAAAAGGUGUUCACUGAAGCUCUCCCAGCGGCCCCGCUGGAUUUUGGCUGGGGCUGCUGGAUUUUGGCUGGGGCUGCCUUUAGCACAGGGCGCCGAUGAGCUGCUCAUUAGCAAAGCUCAUCAAAAUUACACCGAGGGAAGGAAGCCGGCGGUUGUAUCUGAGCGGGGAGUCGCUGCCAAGAAACGCAGUCUCGAAGCCUUUACCCCGUUCACUGGCGAGCGUGAGCGCUCCCGAUCUGCUCGAAUUCACCCCAAAAACUGAGCUGCUGCCCGGGCUAGGCGGCCCCCGGAACCAAAGAGCGCGGCCCGGCUGCCGCCCGGCCCCGCGCGUGGCGGACGGAGGCGGGAGGCGGCCAGCGCGGCCCCGGCGGCGGGAGCCCCGCUCGGGGCGGCGGGACCCGGCCCGGAGCUGCCAUGGCCCGCAGCCGCUCUCAGAAGCGGUCGCGGAGCAGGAGCAAAAGCGACUCUCGGAGCAGGCAGGAGAGGAAGGAGAAGAAGAGGAGGAAGAGCAGCAAGGACUCGCAGCAGGGCAGCAGCUCUCCACUGAGGAAGAGGAUCUCUGGCUCUCACGGACACACCUCGAGCUUGGCAGCAGCCAGGGAAGAAAAGAAAAAGGAAGGAAAGGACAAAAAGAAGAGGAAGGCCAGUACCUCUUCUGGGACGUCUUCGUCCACCAGCUCUUCCUCAUCUUCCUCUUCCUCCAGCUCCUCUUCUGAUGACUCCAGUGACAGCGACUCCAAAGUGAAGAAGAGUCAAGACAGCAAAAAAAAGCGAGUGAAACAAAAAGACAAAAAGAAGAGGAAGAAGAAGAAGAAAAAAAUAAAGAAGAAAUCAAAGAAGAAGGCAAAGGAGAGGGCUAAGGAGGAGAAAGCCAAGGGAGAAGAGGUGCCCGGGCCCUCGCUGGAGCAGUGGCAGAAGGAGUCAGUGGUGGACUCUGGGCCAGUUCUGACAGAUGAACAGAAAUCCCGGAUCCAGGCCAUGAAGCCAAUGACAAAGGAGGAGUGGGACGCGAGGCAGAGCGUCAUAAGGAGAGUGGUGGAUCCCGAAACGGGGAGAACCAGGCUCAUUAAAGGGGACGGGAAAGUCCUGGAAGAAAUCGUCAGCAAGGAGAGACACAAGGAGAUUAACAAGCAAGCCACGCGUGGGGACGGGCUGGCCUUCCAGGUGAGGACGGGGAUGCUGCAGUGAGGGCAGGCACCAGCCAGCCCAGGAGCCCGUCCUGCUGCCCCUGCCAGCCCGGGGGGAGCCUCUGCCUCAGGACCUCGCAGACAGCACCGUGUCAAGAUGUUCCCCAGGGGCCCUUUCCAGCUGCUCUGUAAGUUACUGACCGGGAAGGAGAGCGACUUUAGUGGCUCAUCUCCCAGUAAACAGCUUCUCCCCUCCCUGUCCCAGCUCAGGCCAGUGUGGCUGUAAUGUACCUGAGCCAGUUGCCCUGAUGCUCCUCUGGAUGCUGGAGGAGCUCAGCAGCACCCAGGGGACAGGCUCGAGGGUGCUGAGCACCUCAGGGUGCUCUGGGCUUUGGGGGCAGGACAGGGUGUGUACCAAGGCCACAACACACAGCUGGCUGCCACUUCUUCCCCUCAGGGGCUGCCCAUGGCCCUUUCCCUGCUCACAGGCCCUUUGCACUCACUGAGCCUGCUCAGAGAGGAGUGGCUGUGGCUCUGCUCAGGCUGCAGCUCCUCUGCACCCCUGAGUUUCUCCCAGCCUUCCUGCAGCUUCACCUCCUCAGGUAGGGGAGCACUGACCUGGCACACUGCACUGGCAUCUGUGCAGGUGUGCUUUGUGCAGGGGUGGCUUUGCCUUGCUCUCUGCUCCUGCAUGCAACUCGUGUCCCUUCCCCACAGCACAGGCCCUGGGCAGCACUGUGGCUCUGGGCUUCUCAGGGCCCAGGGCUGCUUUGAAGCAAACACAGCAGCCUUUUCCCUUGCUGGGAAGUCCAUAAAUCUGCAAACUGUAAAAAAAAAACAAAAGGACAAAUGGGUUAAAGGACAAAUGAGUCCUGCAGGACUGAUCUCCACAGAGGGUUUCCUCAUUCUGUUCAUGGCUGUAACCCCAUUAAACUGGCACCUGCUCACA